GCUUUUAGAGAACAAAAGUGAACGUUUGUGGGCGGAGGCAAACGGCAGCUUCCUGGUGGAUGUGGGUGGCGGGCGUUGUGAAGAGAGAAUGUCAGGCGAAAGUGCGGUGAGUCCAGUGCCUGCAGCAUCCACCCGUACCACAUCUUUCAAAGGGGCGAGCCCGAGCUCGAAGUAUGUGAAACUGAACGUCGGAGGUGCUCUCUAUUACACAACCAUGCAGACGCUGACCAAGCAGGACACCAUGCUGAAGGCCAUGUUCAGCGGCAGGAUGGAGGUGCUGACAGAUAGCGAAGGCUGGAUUCUAAUUGACCGUUGUGGCAAGCACUUCGGUGCUGUGCUGAACUAUCUCCGGGAUGGAGCUGUGCCAUUGCCAGAAACUAACCGUGAAAUCGAGGAACUAUUGGCUGAGGCCAAAUACUAUUUGGUACAGGGGCUAGUGGAGGAGUGUCAAGCUGCCCUUCAGCAGAAAGAAACUUAUGAACCUUUCUGUAAAGUUCCUGUCAUCACAUCUAACAAGGAGGAACAACGAUUGAUAGCAACAUCUAAUAAGCCUGCAGUGAAACUGUUGUAUAACAGAAGCAACAACAAAUACUCUUACACUAGCAAUUCUGAUGAUAACAUGCUAAAGAACAUAGAGUUAUUCGACAAGUUGUCUCUGCGCUUCAAUGGCAGAGUACUUUUCAUUAAGGACGUCCUUGGCGAUGAAAUCUGCUGCUGGUCCUUCUAUGGACAAGGACGAAAGAUUGCUGAGGUGUGCUGCACUUCCAUUGUAUACGCCACAGAAAAGAAACAGACCAAGGUUGAGUUCCCUGAAGCCCGAAUCUAUGAAGAGACUCUAAAUAUUUUGCUGUAUGAGACUCAGGAUGGGCGCGGGCCAGACAACGCUCUGCUUGAGGCAACAGGUGGAGCUGCCGGCCGCUCUCACCACAUCGAAGAGGAGGAGGAGCGGGAGAGAAUUGAACGAGUUCGGAGGAUUCACAUCAAGCGUCCAGAUGACCGGUCACACCUCCAUCAGUGAGGGGUAAAUUAUCCAGCUGAAAGGCUGUCCAAAUCCAAUCCUUCAUCCCUCCCUUCCUCGGAGAAAGAGAACAGAAAAACAUUGUCAUCGAAUGGAGCUCUUGCAAAGUUUAACAGUGAAAAAUGGGUAAAAGCCAUUUGGUAAAACUUAGCCAGAGGAUGAUUUCAUGAGAUGCAGUACAUGAAGUCUGGAGAAUUGCAAAAUCAAAAGUGGGAACUUGGCUACACUGCUAAAUUCUAGCCUUAAAAUUUACCCUAUUCACUGAAGAAGCAAGGUACUGUGUGUUUAAAUGUUGUACAGGAUGUUACUUAAAAAUGUGUGUACACAUUUAUUUUCAACGUUAACAGAUAUGCUACACUUUCUCCAUAUGUAGCUCUUUGAACCCUGCCAGUCACACCCCCUUCCCACUCCCCACCCCCCCGCAUGCUGUUGAGAAUGAGCUUGGAGAUGGGGGGAGGGGUUGAAAAUCGGGUGAAUAAACACCUGAGAGUCAGAGAAUGGUGUUCUCAAUGAACAUCAUGGUUCAUACCUGUCCUUGCUAUUCCAGACACUGCCGUCCUGCUGUGUACUCCAACAUUUUCUCAUGGUUAUUUUGGAUUCCCUGCAAUUGUUUUACGUGAUUAAUUGCUGUAACGUAUUGCUGAGCAAAAAAACCCUUUCUUCUUUCAUAUUGGCCAUGCUAUACUUGUAUUCCUCAGAGUAAACGUAAUUUAUUUUACACCGUCUUUUUGAUUUACCAGCCAGAGAGAUGUUGCUGUAGUUUGGGUUCCCUUGAUGCCCCAGAGCGCUACAAUCCAUUACUUUUGGAGAGCUACACGAUGUCCAGUCAAUCACUCCUAAUGCCCCACAACGCCUCUCUUUAAUCUCUAAAAUGCAGCUCAGUAGAUUUGUAAUGUGGAAUCUUCUUCCUAUGAAUUGUCUCUGGUCUUUUACUCCAUUGUAUAUUAUGUUUUUGCUGUGCAAAUAAUUGGAAGCUUGAAUUGUGGCUUUCCAUUUUGAAGCAGUGAUCGCGGUAGAGAUAUAUUGGGAAUAUUUUAUAAUUGAAGAUAGAAGGGCCGGCCUGUAAUGUCAGGUGCACAAUCUUAGCAUGAAGACAAGGAUUUAAUCCCUUUCUACAGGAGUGUUUUGUGGAUCUUUUUGGAUUAUAUGUUCCCAUUACGAAUACUUAGUCAUACAUCAGUGCUCAGAAAACACAAGAACUUUUCUGAUUUCCAAUGUUUGUCAUACCUAUGUUGAACUAAAUGACAAAGUUCAUGCAUAUCAGAGAAAAUGGUUGCCAGAACUGUGUAGUGGUUUAAAUUGUCCUUGUAGCUGCAGAUUUUGACCAAAUAUUUUCUAUAUUCUUGUACAUCCACCAACUUCCCUACUGACAUUGAAAAUAACCCUUUCUCCAAACCCCGCCUUGCCGGGACUCAAGGCUGAGAUAUCAUGAGAUAGUCUAGUGAUUUUACUUGACAAUGCUGGACUGCAGUGUUAGAAUGCUUGCUUCUGUGUGUAGUGAUGGAAAGGGCAACCUUCCACAGCAACUUAUUUUAAUAAAUCGCUGGGGAAAAAAAACGCUUUAAAAAACUUGAGUCAACAGUAGCUAAUCCCAGAAGAAGAGAACCCAUCUGUGGGAACUUGUAUGUUCAUUCUGAAGCCACACUUUAUAUUACCUCUAGGUUAGUAUGGAAGGUUAACACUUAUUAACUAGUAAAUAAUAUAUUAACACAAUUAAACCAUGUUUCACAGAUCUAGUGCUGGGUUUUAAAUCAGUGGAAUUUCUUAAUGUGUUCACUUUAAUUGUGGAGGGAGGAGAAAUCUCAAUGCAAUGCAAUCAGGUUAGUGAUUCUCACCUGUGGCAAGCAGCAUUUUGAGUUGCAUGUUACAAGUGAUGUUCCUGAAUGAGACUGUAAGUUAAGGUGAUAAAUCAAGAACAUCGCACUGAGUUAAUUCCAUUUUCCCAAAAGCAUGUGGUAUAUAAAGUGGAGAUGAUUUUGGGAUGGUCUGAAUUUACUGGCUGGUUAUGGAUUAGAUUCAGAUCAUCACACACUCUGAUAAAGGUCUUGUGCACUCGGUAUGCUGAACCUACCUGAGUAUCAAUUAUGUUUGUCCUUUGGGCACAUUUUUGUUCAACAACCCACAGUGCCGGAGAAACGGGCAGGCGAUCAGCUCGGGAAAUGAGUAUGGUUACCUACCUGUACUGUCUCAUGUUUCCAAUUAAUUGGCACUGUCUCAUUUCCAGUGAUACCCAGUACUAAAAAAUCACUUGUUACUUGCAUCACCAUUUUGUCAGGAAGAUGAAGGAUAGAAUAAAGACUCCUUCAAUCGCCACCUCUUCAUCCUGACCAAAAAACAAACAGUUUGUUUCAACUUGCAGUUAAUCAGUAACAUUGAUACCAUUUCAGUGACUAGAACAGGCGAUCUGCUCUCUCACCACACAGCAUCUAGCUUAUUACAUUUGCAAUUAUCUUUGAGGGAGAAUUGCAACUAUUUGAAGCAGGAGCAUACGUGCAUUGAGUAUAGUUAUUCCUGGAACUUGGUUGGCCCAGCAGUUUUCAGGGGAAAAAAUCCUUAUGUUUGCAGAAUCCGUCAGUUUUCUUGCAGGAAUAAACAAUGGUCAAAUCCCACCACAAAUUACUAUAGUCAGCAAGAUAGAACCUGCCUCUGAACUAAUCAGCAACAUAAUUCGGAUGUCACCUGUUUGUUAGAUUUGUGGAACAGGCCUCAGAACCGAUGCCAGGUGAGCCAAGGCAAGGACUGUUCACUGUGUAUGGUGUGUGCUGGUCAGCUGAGAGAAGCUAAUUUCCAGGCAAAGGUCUACUCACCGAAUUCACCAGGAAAGUUGGAGUGUACACAACCAAGGAUCUGUGUUUAGAAAAUGGAAGAUUUACUUUAUUUCAAUAAGCUAGUUUCAGGAAUAAUUUGAGUUUUAAAAAAAAAUUAAGGUAAAAACAUUUGUCCUCAAUCACAUGAACUGAAUGAACUAGAUAGAUAUACAUGCAUGUAGAAGUUGGCAUCCAAAAUUUUGAACUUUUGUAGAACUGAAUUUUAGAAGCAAGUUACAACCUACUGACACCAAAAAUGAAUUUGUUUCCUCUCCCAUUAUCAAAGGGUGUAAAGAAGUUAGCGAUCAGCAUUGUUCAUUUGUCGUCAUCACUAUGGGCCGUGUUGUAUGAUGUGGGCAAUCAUGCUGUCCAUGCCUAUGAUUGUUUUUGGCAAAUGUUUCUACAAAAGUGGUUUGCCAUUGCCACCUUCUGGGCAGUGUCUUUACAAUAUGGGUGAGCCCAGCCAUUAUCAGUACUCUUCAGAGACUGCGACCACUGAUGCCAGGCAGACGUAAUCAGAACCCAUGAUGUGCACCAGCUGCUCAUGACCAUCUACCACCUAAUCCCAUGACUUCUCAUGACCCUGAUUGGAAGGCUAAGCAGGUGCUACACUUUUCCCAAAGGUGACCUGCAGGCCAGGGGAGGGAAGAGCGCCUUGCAUCUCCUUUGGUAGAGAUGUAUCUCCUCCCCACCACCCAUUCAUUACUGUCUCAAAUGGCAGAUCCUUAAUUUACUAUGACCAGGAGCUGAUGGUGAUAGUGAAUACUGUUCGGGGAAUGUUCUCAGUGUUGGUGGAUGCUCAAAACACUUCACUACAUCAGUGUUCAGUUUUUAAUUGUGAAACUACACAGAAAUCAAUCAGUUAAUAUUCCACUGCAGUCUCCUCCUUGCCUCCCUGCCAUACAUUGAAAGAGAGCUCUGAGAAAAAUCUUCCAUCGAUGCUGCAAGAUAAAACAGAAAAGCAGUUUUAAAUGCUUUUCAGAAUUAAUCCUGCCAAAAGGUUUUGGCCCAAAACAUCGACUGUACUGGCUUGGCUUGCUGAGUUCCUCUAGUAUGUUGUGUGUUGCCCAGAAUUAAUCUGCUUGUUUUCCUUUAACUUUAGGUAAGUCUCGGCCACACCUUGGUGGACCAAUUAAGUGCCACGAAAGUCUUUGCUUAGAUUCAAGUAUUUAAUUAACAGCUCACAUUGAGCACCCCAGAGCAUAGUGGGUGUUAGAGGGUUCUCGAGCAUCAUCUUCUGAUGGCUUCCUCAAAGUAUAACUUGAUUUAUUUUGGCUGAGAAGAUUUGUGGUUUUAAAAACACAAUCAAAUUCAAUAGGAAAGUUCAUUUUGAAAUUCCCAUUUGGUAAUGUAGAUUUGGGCAGUCUUUGGUCACAGCACAGGAAUCUAAAGUUUUUACUUAAGACUGUGAAACAACUAGCAUGGGCAAUAGAAAGAUGGACCCUAGUGCUAAUGCUCACCUUGAGUUACAGCAUUUACUGUUUAUCUGUGUUACUGCAUUGGAGAGCUCCUACAAACAAGCUGAAAUGCACUAUAAUCUUCUCUGAGAGUGCUUGAUGGUGUCCAACAAUAGACCAUGCUUUAUUCCUCAUCCACUUUUAUACCACAAAUGUUUUUUAAAUAAAUUGCGAGUUAUUUUUCCAAUCCAGUACUGUAUUAAUCUGUUCACAACAUUGCACCAACUGUUCUCUCUAUGCAAAUAUACUUCACUUUUCCAUUUUCACUUGUAUCUUCAAGUAAAUGUCUGAUUUUUAUUUUC